GCAGCCGCAGCAGCCAGCCGCCGGACAGCAAAGCCGGAAGCCUCGCGUCCUCCCGUCGCCCUCCCUUUCCGGCUCACUUCUGCGUACCCCGCCCGGGCCGCCAGGCCGGAAGCGCCGUGCUCUCAUCCCAUCCCGUCUUUCGUGUGGGUUGAAAAUCGGCGCUGCGAAGAUGCCGGCUUACCACUCUUCCCUCAUGGACCCCGACACAAAACUUAUUGGAAACAUGGCACUGUUGCCUAUCAGAAGUCAGUUCAAAGGACCUGCCCCCAGAGAGACAAAAGAUACAGAUAUUGUGGAUGAAGCCAUCUAUUACUUCAAGGCCAAUGUCUUCUUCAAAAACUAUGAAAUUAAGAAUGAAGCUGAUAGAACCUUGAUAUAUGUAACUCUCUACAUUUCUGAGUGUCUAAAGAAACUCCAGAAGUGCAGUUCCAAAAGCCAAGGUGAGAAAGAAAUGUAUACACUGGGAAUCACUAAUUUUCCCAUUCCUGGAGAGCCUGGUUUUCCACUUAAUGCAAUUUAUGCCAAACCUGCCAACAAACAGGAAGAUGAAGUGAUGAGGGCCUAUUUACAGCAGCUAAGGCAAGAGACUGGACUGAGACUGUGUGAGAAGGUUUUUGACCCUCAGAAUGAUAAGCCCAGCAAGUGGUGGACUUGCUUUGUGAAGAGACAGUUCAUGAACAAGAGUCUUUCAGGACCUGGACAGUAAGAGCAUCCUGGGCAGACACUGUCUUCGCAGCCAUGAGCAGCAUUUCACAGCAAGAUGUACACAGUUCUUUGCCUUUAUUUCACAAAUUUUUAAGAAAAGAGAGCAUGUCUUUACUUGAAAAAGCUCUUUAUCAAGAAUUUGGGUGGGUGGGAGAGAGAAGAAGGGUUGUCAAGGGGUGAUUUGAAAUUUCCUGCAGUUUUAAGCUGGUGUUUAAUAAGUAAGAAUAAAGAAAUUUCUACAUUCCAGCUCAGAAAAAGUUUAUUGCUUCUUUGACAGUAACUUAAGUUUUUUUGAGGUAAUAUUCACCCUUUUAAAGUGUACAUUUCAGUGAUUUUUUUAGUGUAUACACAGUUUUCCAACCAUCACUGAUUGUGGAACAUUUUCACCGUCCCAAAAGAUGUGCCUCUCUUUAGCAGUCACUCCCUAUUCUUUUCCAGGUCCCUCUUCCUCUUUUCCCUAGUCCCUGGUAACCACUGAUGGACUUCCUGUCUCUCUGGAUUUGCCUAUUAUGGAUAUUUCACAUAAAUGAGAUCAUGCAACAUGUGGCCUUUUACAUCUGGUUUCUUUGACUUUGUAUAAUAUUUUCAAGGUUCAUCAUGUUACAACAUGUAUCAGUACUUCAUUCCUUCUGUCUGCAAAUUGUGGUAAAAAAUAUAUAUAACAUUUGCCAUUUUAGCCAUUUUUGAAUGUUCACUUCACUGGUGUAAUUACAUUCACAAUGUUGUGCAGCCGUCACCAUUCUGUAUUUCUAAAAUUUCUUGCCCCAAAUAGAAACACUAACCAUUAAACCUGUUAACUAACUGCCAACUCCUGGUAAUCUCUCACCUACUUGCAGUCUCCGAAUUUGCUUAUUCCCAGCACCUCAUAUAAAUGGAAUCAUACAAUG